UCCGGAACAUGUUGUAGUCGUGCCCGGCGUGCUCGCCCUGGUGGAAGCACUCGGCGCACAGGCUCAUGCAGGGCGAGAUGCCGCACGUCCGGCACCGUUAAACCUUAAACAUGAAGAAAUUAAAGCUUAAAGAACUGGAAAGCUGUCUUCAAGAAGUUGAUACUUUUGACAGUCCAAAACUACUCCUCGAACAGUAUCCAACAAGACCUCAUAUCGCAGCGUGUAUGCUUUAUACAAUUCACAAUACUUUUGAUGAUAUUGAAAACAAAACAAUUGCAGAUUUAGGAUGUGGUUGUGGCAUGCUCAGCAUUGGAAGUGCAAUGUUAGGAGCAGGAUUCUGUGUGGGAUUUGACAUAGAUGCAGAUGCACUGGAAAUAUUUAAUAGCAAUAUUGAAGACUUUGAGCUUACAAACAUCAACAUGGUUCAGUGUGAUAUCUGUUCUUUAUCUGGUAGCAUGUCAGAUGCUUUUGACACAGUUAUUAUGAACCCUCCAUUUGGUACCAAGCAUAAUAAAGGAAUCGAUAUGAUUUUUCUGAAAACUGCUCUACAAAUGGCAAAAACAGCUGUAUAUUCCCUUCACAAAACUUCAACACGGCAGCACAUUCAAAAGAAAGCAGAUGAAUGGGAAGUGAAGAUGGAAGUCAUAGCAGAACUUAGAUUUGACCUACCAGCAUCAUACAAAUUCCAUAAGAAGAAAUCAGUUGACGUUGAAGUGGAUUUCAUUAGAUUUUCUGCCAAGAAAUUCCUGAACUGAGGCAUGUCUUUAAAACCUAUUGAAAAUGGAACAUUAAAACCGCUAAUUUUU